ACCGACUCCUACUCAGGGGGGAGGAGGAGGGGAGGAGGGCAGGCGGGAGGAGGGCGCGAGGGGCCGAGCAACGGAUCGGCAUCGCCCAGCACCAGACCGCAGGACCCCCAAGCAGGAUGGCAGAGAUGCAGGGGCUCAUGGAAAGACUGGAGCGGGCCGUUGGUCGACUGGAGUUGCUGUCUGCAGGGUUACACCGGCCUCCUGGGGACUGUGGGGAAAUGAACGGUGUCAGCGGAGGUGUGGCACCCUCAGUGGAGGCCUUUGAUAAGCUGAUGAACAGCAUGGUGGCUGAGUUUUUAAAGAAGAGUAGGAUCCUGGCUGGUGACGUUGAGACUCAUGCAGAAAUGGUGCAUAGUGCUUUCCAGGCCCAGCGAGCUUUCCUUCUGAUGGCCUCUCAUUACCAACAACCCCAAGAGAACGAUGUGGCUGCACUUCUGAAACCAAUAUCGGAAAAGAUUCAGGAGAUCCAAACUUUCAGAGAGAGAAACCGGGGGAGUAAAAUGUUUAAUCAUCUCUCGGCCGUCAGCGAAAGCAUCCCUGCCCUUGGGUGGAUAGCUGUGUCCCCCAAACCCGGUCCUUAUGUCAAGGAGAUGAAUGAUGCUGCCACCUUUUACACUAACAGGGUCUUAAAGGACUACAAACACAGUGAUUUACGCCAUGUGGAUUGGGUAAAGUCGUAUUUGAACAUAUGGAGUGAGCUUCAAGCAUACAUCAAAGAACACCACACUACAGGCCUUACUUGGAGCAAAACAAUUAUCAAAGGAAUAACAUACAGAGACCCCAGGAGGGUGGGGAGAAAGAGGAUGAGGAAACCAUCAGAAGCCAUUGGCGAAACCGGUCCAGUAGCAUCAACUGCAUCAGCGUUGUCUGUCCUCUCCCUUGGGCCUGGCCUUCCUCCACCUCCACCUCCUCCACCUCCUCCAGGGCCACCUCCACUUUUUGAGAGUGAGGGCAGAAGAGAAGAGUCCUCUCCUUCACGCUCAGCUUUAUUUGCACAACUUAACCAAGGGGAAGCAGUUACAAAAGGGCUCCGGCAUGUUACAGAUGACCAGAAGACAUACAAGAAUCCCAGCCUCCGGGCUCACGGAGGACAAACUCCAUCUCCUACCAAAAGCCGCACUCCAGGCCCCAAGUCUCCCCAGUCUCAUCCUCCUAGGAAACAUGCUCCUGUGUUAGAGUUGGAAGGGAAGAAAUGGAGAGUGGAAUACCAAGAGGACAGGAAUGACCUUGUGAUUUCAGAGACUGAACUGAGACAGGUGGCUUACAUUUUCAAAUGCAGCAAGUCUACUCUACAGAUAAAAGGGAAAAUAAAUUCCAUUACAAUUGACAACUGUAAGAAGUUUGGCCUUGUGUUUGACAAUGUGGUGGGCAUUGUGGAAGUGAUCAACUCCAAGGACAUUCAGAUGCAGGUGAUGGGGAAAGUGCCAACAAUUUCCAUUAAUAAGACAGAAGGCUGCCACAUAUACCUCAGUGAAGAUGCAUUAGACUGUGAGAUUGUGAGUGCCAAGUCAUCUGAAAUGAAUAUACUUAUCCCUCGGGAUGGUGACUAUAGAGAAUUUCCCGUUCCUGAACAGUUCAAGACAGCAUGGGAUGGAUCCAAGUUGGUCACUGAACCAGCAGAAAUUAUGGUUUCUGAGAGACCACCGAACCCCCUGACCUGAAUCCUCCCCAUCAAAAAAACAAACAAAUAAAAGCAGCAUUAAAGACCUAGAAGUUGCAGUAGCACCUAGCUUUAGCUUUGGCCUCCAACAAUUCUGUGCUAUAGAAACAGCAUAAUUUCUGGCACGCCUUCGUGGGCAUUUUGGAAUAUUUAACGUUUCUUCAUGAUUUGCCUUUGUGUAUGAUUUGAGUUUCACAUGAUGACUUGUGAGCGUUAUACAUUUAAAGGGAAAAAAGAGAAUUCUGUUCCCCUCAUAUCAUUAUCACAGUAGUUAAGAGGUAAAAUUGCAUGACUCACUUUUACACUUGUGUUUAAUUGCUAGUUGAAAAAUAAAACCUUUGAGAAUCUAAGAUGCACAUUUUUAUCUUUUAGACAAUUUCCAUAUAUGUGGUAGUAGUAUGCUCUAAAAAUGUACGAUUUUUGUUUUCUUCUUUUUACCACCUGUAUCAGCAUGAAUACACUGUCAGCCUGAAUACAUAUUUCAACCCAUGUUUUUAAAAAAAACAUAAGUUCCGUCCUAAGAACCAUAUCCAGUUUCUUGGUCCUUGGAAAGACCUUUAUUCUUUGCAGUUACCAAAAACCAAAAGUAAACUCUAAUGAUUUAUCUUAAAUAUUUUUCUGCCAUGUCGCUUGGAAAACUUUUACUUUUCUGAGAUUUUUAUGCCAAAAGAUUGAUAGGAAAAAGCAGGGUGUUUUUUGCUCUAUAACACCUCACAGUUUUGCUCUAGGAACAAGCUCAGUUGUUAUUUUCCAAUUUUAAACCUAUGAAAUAUCAGAUGCCUUGUAAGUGAUGUCUUUAAUGUUUUAUUAUAGACUUUCUUCUUUUCCACUUGCCAGACUCGCUAACCAGUCUCAAAAAUGAAAAUGAAAAAGCCAUAGCUAUAUUACAACUUCUGAAACCUAAGGAAUUGUUUGUUGGCUUGGCUUGCUGCUCCUGUUUUGCAGUAUUGAUAGUACAUGCUUUUUCAACAGAAGAGUAACUCUGAUAUUCCUUUCUAUCUUUUUAGUACAUAGUGCUGAAAACCUGCAACUUCUUGGAUUACAUGUAAUGAAUUCUAGUAUAAUGCUUGCAGACCCAGUACAAGCAUAUAUAUUGUGCCUAGUACAGCCUUUGGAAUACAUCAUUUCCGUUUUUAAAAUAUCUUCUAUAACCGUAUAGUAUUCAAAUUACUAAUGCUUCUGUACCACAGUUUUGCUAGAAAAGUUUUUGUCCAUAUGAAGAAUGUUGUGGCUUUAGUAAAUACCUUUUUUUCAAUUGUAAACUCAUUCUGAAAUAAAGUAAAAUUCUAAUUGUUUAAA